AUGACAGGAGGCUGGUCCUUUCUCGUGCUGGGCCAGUCUUUCGGCCGCUCUGUGAAGGACGCGGAUCAGGAGAAAGAGGAGACCCCGAGCCCGGUGUUGUUUGGCAUUUUGAUCCUUGGAGAUCGUCUCAAGAGCGAAACAAACCCAGCAAAACUUGUGUUCUCUGUGCGCGCUCGGGCUGCGGUGCUGAAGGCGCUGUGUGCGCGCACGCGUCUGUUUGUGUUUGAGGGAAAUAGCGCAGUUUUGACUCCGAGCUUUGGCGCGGGGAAAGAUGAUGAUGGCCGGUGGUGGUGGAGCAGCCGUGGACCAUAA